AUGCGAACAAAUGACAAACUAAAACCACGCAAACAACAUCAACCUCAAAAUUUCAUCCAGAAACUAAUAAAAAUUCUUGUUUUUGUGUGUUUGUUUGGGACAAUUAAUUUGCAGACCGAGUAUGGUGAUGUCUAUGAUUGUAUGGAUAUAAACAAACAACAUGCUCUCAAUCAUCCUGCACUUACAAAUCACACAAUUAUGUUAAAACCAAGUAAGGAGCUUGAAGAUCGUAUGCUAGCUCAUGAACCGCUGAUAAAUUCAAGUCUAGGAUUGAAGAGAGGCUGCCCAUUUGGACGAGUGCCUAUUCGUCGCUCUCCAAAAAUUAGCCCUAUCACAAAAUCAUGGAAUCAUGGAUGGGAAUUUGCAGGAUUAUAUACUUCCAAAGGAGAAUACCAUGGAUCUAGAGGCGCUAUAAGCAUUUACAAGCCUAAAAUUAAUGUUAAUUCUAAAUGUCAUAGUUCUGCUAUGAUAUCAUUUGAAAGUGGAGACGGCCUUAGCUUGAACCAAAUACAAGUUGGAUGGACGAGCGACAGUUAUCAAAGGACAGGCUGCUACAACAUGUUUUGCUCUGGAUUUGUGUUAAUCAGUCCUAAUUUUCCUCUAGAUAUGGUUCUAACACCAUCUUCUGUGAGAGAACCCCCAACAUAUGAAAUAUGGUUUGAUGUCUCUCAGGAUAAGGAGACUGGAGCUUGGUGGCUUGGAAUAAAUAAAGAGUACAUCGUAGGUUAUUGGCCAAAAGAAAUAUUUACAAGCUUGAACCAAUUUGCUGAUACAUUAAGAUGGGGAGGAGAGAUUUUCACACCCUCAUCGGAAGACUCGAGCCCUCAAAUGGGAAGUGGACUUUUUCAAAAUACGAAUUACGAUUCGACAUGUUUUGUUCAGCAAAUCGAUCUUCUUAAUUCUCACUUCAAUACAAUUAUUCCUGAUGAAUCUUUUAUUCAAAUUAGCGAAUCACGUUGCUACUUUGAAGGAGAUCAAUCGUACAAAAAUGACAUUGGUUAUAGCUUUUUGUUCGGCGGCAAAGGUGGCACUGAACAUAAUUUGACAUUUUCCAUUAAAUUUUUCGUCGGAAACUUUAUGUCCGAAAAAUUUCAGAUCGCGUCGCGUUGGGCCUUGGUGCCUAAGGGGCAGGGCACGUUGCCCUGUCCUUGGCUCAUGGAUCCUCGAACAGAACAGCGCACGUCGUGCCCUGUUCUGACGAGAGCUCUCUGCAACGAGCAUGGCACUCUAUGCCAUGUCCUGUCAAGAGCUACCGGCAGCAGAGCAAGGCAACUUGUGCCCUGUUCUACCGGCACAUGA